AUGUGGCAGGUCAGUGCCCGCUCCCUGUGCCGGACCAGCUCCCGCACCUGGCAGAGCCGGCUGUCCUGGCCCGGCCCCGCGCCCGCAGCCUCACGGAGCCCCGGGACAGCCCCGGCCCAGGGACUCUGCUCCAUGGCCCCCUCCAUCCGCCUGUCGCCCGCCGCCCGCAGCCUCUUCGAUGAGCCGCUGGCCAUCGCCGUGCAGGGCCUCGGCCCGCGGCAGCAGGUCACGCUGCGAACGUCCUUGCGGGACGAGACCGGAGAGCUCUUCCAGGCCAGUGCCCGCUACCAGGCGGGCGACGACGGGGAGCUGGACCUCGCCCGCUGUCCUGCGCUGCCGGGAGGCAGCUUCUCCGGCCUGGAGCCCAUGGGGCUGCUCUGGGCUUUGCAGCCCCAGAAGCCUUUCUGGCGGCUGGUAAAGCGGGACGUGCAGAGCCCCUUCCUCCUGCAACUGGAGGUGUUCGAGGGCCACGGGGAGCGCCCCGGGCAGCUCCUGGCCCAGGCGCAGCACGAGCGGGCGUUCCUGCGGGACGGGGUGCGGAGAGUCCCGGUGCGAGAAGGGAGGAUCCGGGCGACGCUUUUCCUGCCCCCCGGAGAAGACACCUUUCCAGGGAUCAUUGAUAUAGAUGGACUUGGAGGAGGUCUUUUUGAGCCCAGAGCAAGCCUGUUGGCCAAUCACGGCUUUGCCACACUGGCUCUGGCUUAUUAUCAGUUUGAGGAUCUGCCCCAGGAACCAAAGGAACUCCACCUGGAAUAUUUUGAAGAGGCAGUGAACUAUAUGCUGCAGCACCCACAGGUGAAGGGUCCAGGGGUUGGCCUUCUUGGUUUCUCCAAAGGGGGUGAAGUGUCCCUUGCCAUGGCUGCCUUCCUGAAGAACAUCGUGGCUGUUGCUUCCCUCAAUGCCCCUGUUGCUGCUACAUGUAUUCCUUUCUCUUACAAGGAUAAAAUCAUCCCCACAUUGACCUUACAUGAACACAAAGCCAAGGCCACCAAUUCCAAAUUUCUUGAUUAUUCUGAUGUCCUUGAUGAUCCCUUUCAAACCCCUGGCAACCAAAGCCUGAUCCCACUAGAGAAAGCUGAGUCUCAGUUCCUAUUCCUUGUGGGACAAGACGACCGUGUUGUCAAAAGUGAGUAUUAUGCUACUGAAGUCUGCAAAGUUCUGCAGGCUCAAGGGAAGGGAAAUUUUCAGAUUCUCUCCUACCCUGGAACAGGGCACUGCAUAGACCCUCCCUUUUUCCCUUUGUACUGCAUUGGAAGCCACCCCGUUUUUCACAAGCGGGCUGUCCUGGGUGGGGAGCUCUGGGCUUAUUCUAAAGCCCAGGUUCACGCUUGGUCACAGAUCCAGGCUUUUUUCACAAACCAUUUAAUUGUUAACUAA